AUGCCAGACACAAAAAUCAAAGCCGUCUUCUUCGAUUUCAUGGGAACAUGUCUAGACUGGCACAGCGGCACAAUCCAAGUGUUCCCCUCAUCCAUCAGUCAAAGCGAGAGGUCGAAGCUCGCUUUAGAAUGGCGCCACGACUAUUUCGAUGCCAACGCAGCUCGACUGGCCGCUGAACAACCCCCAGAAGACAUUGAUAUUACGCUUCGUACGACUCUGAAUGCAUUGCUUGAGAAACACUCAGAGUAUAAGAUCAGGUUUGACGAACAGACCAAAGACCGAUGUAUCACCGCGUGGCAUUCGAUGCCAGCUUGGCCAGAUGUAGCUCCGGCCAUCGACAAACUUAAAGCUGCAGGGUAUGAGAUAUUCGUCUUUGCGAACGGAACGCCGCGGUUACAGCUCGAUUUGUGCAAGACAUCGGGAUUGAAGUUUGAUAUGCUGUUCUCUAGUGAACUAUUGGGGGUGUAUAAGCCUUCGCCAGAAAGCUACCGCAAAACACUAGACUUGGUCAAAGUGAAGCCACAGGCUGCUGUCAUGGUCGCUGCGCAUGCCUAUGAUACCCGAGGGGCCAAGGAAGCUGGGAUGAAGACGGUCUACAUUCAUAGAUGGACCGAUGACAUAAAUGAGGACAUGGAAGUCGUUAGACGGGAAAAUGACUUCUUCCUGGAAGACAUGACGGAUCUCCCGGCUGUCAUUUCACAGAUGUCAAUACUUCGUCAUGAGCAGUGA